GGGCUUCACUCCGAACCUCCGUCUCUGUCCACCCUCGGACUGACAUGUUGCCAUGUUCCGCGCCGUUUGCUCAAACGCGGACUUGUUUUGGGUGACUUUAUGCUGCUUGUGUUUCGCGCCCGAGGCUGACAGUUGGGCAGCCGACCCGGACAGCUGUCAUGAGGUGAAGACCGCUUACAUGAUGCGCCAGAUCGGCCAGGUGGAGCUGGUGCCCGACAGACCCGGGACAGGUGCGUCUCUGCGAGUGUGUCAGUACGACGGCCCCACUUGCUGCACCGGCAGGAUGGAGGACAACUACGUGGCGGCGGUGCGGAGUGAAACUCAGCAGAAGAUGAGGUCGUACAGCUUCGAACUCAAGUACCUGAUCAACGGACACGCAAAGGCUUAUCAAGAGACCUUUGAGUCGCUUGUGUCCUUCACUUCCAAUCUUACCAGCACCCUGUUUGACAGCGCCUACUCCAGCCUUGCCUCAGACUGUCGCCCCCUUGUGUCUCGGCUGUUCCAUGACAUCAAACGGCAUCUAUCCGGCGACUCUAAAUCCUCACUGGACACCAGCGUGCAACGAUUCUACAACGACCUCUUCCCCCUGGUCUAUCGCCGCCUUCUCAACCCCGGUAUUGGCUCCGUGUCCCAUCACUCGUCGGUCACCACCGGACAUGAUGACUGUCUGAGGAUAACUCGACAAGACGUCAGCCCGUUUGGACCCUAUCCUCGCCUCCUAGUGGCGAGCUUGUCACAGUCCCUGGGCGCCGGGCGAGCUUUGAGUCAGUUGCUGAGGUUGGCUGGUGAGGUUGUGAAUGCCACAGAGAAGGCUUCCCUGUCCAGAGAAUGUGUCCGGGGGCUGGUGAGGAUGCAGUACUGCUCCCACUGCAGAGGCUUGACGCUAAUCCGGCCGUGCACAGAACUGUGCUUCAACGUCAUGAGAGGAUGUUUGGUGGGGGUGUCAGAACUCGCUUCCCCAUGGACAAGUUUAGUGGUCACGCUGCAGCGUUUAGCCGCCACGAUGGCGACCAGCAGCAACCACAACAGCAUGGAGCUGGCGCUACUCGCCAUCCGGAACCACGUGAAUGACGCCAUCUUACAUGCUCAGUUACAUGGACCACGCAUCACGGCCACGGUGGAGAAAGUGUGUGGACCUCUGGCAGCUGGGCCAGUCGGACCAGCUUCAAAACCCAGAGUCCCACAUGGGGAGGCUUUGGUCAGCUCAGAAACAUCCUCGCACAGGUCGUCCGUCACUUCGUCUUCCCCUGAGGGACAUCCACGCAUGAAGCUGCAGCCCAGCCGGUCUUUUCCUCUUAAAGGUUCCAGAGUUGAUAAGAGCAGAAGUUUGAAAAGGAUAUCAAGGGAAUUCGAGAGCUCCAUCCAGAGAUACCUGCGCUUCUUCUCAGAACUGCCAGGGAUGCUGUGUGAGAGUGAGAUGGAGGUGGAGCAGCACUCCUGUUGGAGCGGGCAGGACGUGGUGGAGAGUUAUGCCGGUCGUGUGGUUGGCAGCAGCCUGAAGGCCCAGAGGGAGAAUCCUGAGAUGACUGUCCGCAAUACCGAUCCUGUCCUGAAGGGGGCCAAACAGAAGCUGGAGCACCUCACUCAGGAACUGUUAGCAGAGCUCGGCUGGGCAACUCACACCAGAGGGAGCGAGGAAGAAAAGCAGGAGGGAGGCAGCGCGCAGACUGAAAGAGGCAGCGGAGAGGAGUGCGAUGAUGAAGAUGGCUGUGGAGCGUCUGGUGAGAACGGCGGAGACUCGGACGAUUGGUCCAGUGGUCACCGUCCAGUGACGAUGGCUGCUCCUCCUCAACACUGGCUUCCUCCUCGACACGUCACUCCACCGCAGAUGAGCGGCGCUCCUGGCUCAGCCAGCAUCCCCACAGCCUCCCCGACGUUGCUGCUGCUGUCACUCCUGCUGCUCUCCUCGUGCGCUGCCACCUCCUGAGCCCAGGACUCCAGAGUGCACCAUUGUACAUCCUAUGCUUGUGUAGUGUGUGAAGGAGGCGCAGCACGCUCAGCUUCUUUGUGGAGCCACAGGGACGGUUUUCUAUGUCCUCUACUGACCUCUACGUUUGUAUUUAACGCUGGUAGACGGCACUACUUUUCUGGGGAGAGAUGUAAAUACAAAUCUAUAUUCUAUAUUUAUAUGAAGAGCUUCCUAUAGAGCUGUACAUAGAGUUGACAUGGACAGAUUGACUGGGAUGCUGGAGACCUGGCUGGUGUGUGUUUUGACCUUUUCAUCGUGUCUCACCCGCAGAGAGGAUCCAUGACAGCUACUGUUCACGCUGUUAAUGCAGCAGUGGGCUUUUCGCUACUUGUGAUGAUUUAUUCAUGGUAAAGAGACAUGAGAGCUGAAGGAGGCAGGACACCCACGGUAAGCUGCCAGCUGUGCGACGCUUCCCAGGGUUUCCGCUACUCGAGUGCUCUUCAUGUGAACGGCUCCUUGGUAUCGACGGUGACGUUUGGUUCUGCUGUGUUUGGAUCAGUUUCAGAGCCCUAACAGUUUUCUUUUUUUUUUUCUACUGACAAGCCGUUUUAUAGUUUGGUUAGAAAAAAGUGCCCCCUCCCAGAAGUGUCUCGAAUGAGCUGCCCAUUUCCUUCUGCUUAUCCAAGUUGGGAUCAUCAGAGCUUAGUCAAAGGCUACACUCUCCUGAGAAAUCACAGUGUUGCAGCAGGUCUGGCUUCUGGCUUCCCCUGGAGGAGCAGUGGUUCAACUUUGAGUCUCACCCGGAUGACGGACUUCUGUCUAUGAGAGAGAAUCCACACACCUGCAUGGAAGACUUCACUGUCUCUGUGACCUUGUUCUUUGGCUCAAACACACUUUGGGGUUGCGACUCUCCGCCAGGUACAGUGGCGGAGGGAACAUGAAGUUGACAUGAAACCAUAGUGGAGUUUUCUAUUUCCACCAAGAACAGGGAAGCGGAGUGGAGCUGAGUCAUGUGAGAAAAAUGAUUCCUCCAUGCACAAGUAGUGUACAAGUACUUUCAU